CAAAAACGAGUUUGCGUCAGUGCUCUGGAUGUCCAGCAUCAAUCCAUUUCUUACACUUUUACAUACCUGAGAAUCUUCUCUGAAUUUACGCUGUUUUCUAGUAGAUUUUUGGACAUAAGACUUGGCCAAAGAUACAUAUUUAUCUGAGACUUGAAAAUAAGCUGUAGGUUAUUUGGCAAGUCACAGAUUCUUGCGAGGACAGAAUACCAAUAGCCUACCUGAGAACACCUGAGGAAAAAAAGUCCUCUACACAUAAGAGGACUCCCACCCUGAUAGGCACAGAAAAGAGACAUGGAUAAUUGGAGUCAGCUUCAAUCAGCAAACUCCAUUGAUGUCAACCUUGGUCACUCACACAAUCACCAUGCCAAGCCAUCAGACUUUGAAAUCCUGGCUAUAAUUGGGAAAGGAACAUUUGGGAAGGUUCUUCUUGCCAAACUGAAAUCCGACAACAAGUUCUAUGCUGUGAAAGUGCUGCAGAAAAAAAUCAUACUGAGGAAAAAAGAGCAAAAGAACAUCAUGGCAGAGAGGAAUGUGCUGCUCAAGAGUAUGAAACAUCCCUUCCUGGUGGGGCUCCACUACUCGUUCCAGACCCCAGAGAAGCUCUAUUUUGUCAUGGAUUACGUCAAUGGAGGAGAGCUUUUCUAUCACCUUCAGAGAGAGCACUGCUUCUCAGAGCCAAGGGCUCGCUUCUACACGGCUGAGUUGGCCAGUGCCAUCGGCUACUUACACUCGCACAACAUUGUUUACAGAGACUUGAAGCCUGAAAAUGUGCUGUUAGACUCCGAGGGCCAUGUUGUGUUGACUGACUUUGGCUUGUGUAAAGAGGGGAUAGACCCGGAGUCCACCACCUCCACUUUCUGUGGAACCCCAGAGUAUUUGGCUCCGGAGGUGUUGAAACAGCAGCCCUAUGACCACACGGUAGACUGGUGGUGUCUGGGAACUGUACUUUAUGAGAUGAUAUAUGGGCUGCCCCCCUUCUAUAGCCAGGAUAUGUCUGAGAUGUACGACAACAUCCUCCACAGGCCCUUGAGUGUGCCAGGGGGGGCCAGCUCUGUGGCGUGUGACCUGCUGAUGGGCCUCCUACAGAAAGACCAGCAUCGCAGGCUGGGUGCUAUCGCAGACUUUCUCGAAGUUAAAAACCAUACUUUUUUCUCGCCGAUAAACUGGGAUGACCUUUACCAUCGGAGAAUCAAACCUCCGUACAACCCCAACGUGAAAGGCCCAGCAGAUAUGCAGCAUAUUGAUCCAGAGUUCACCAAAGAGAUGGUGUCAGGCUCUGUGGGGGUUACCCCUGAAUUCUCCAACUUAUCAACCAGCAGCCCAAAUGCUUUCACUGGCUUCUCCUAUGUCUCCAGUGAUGACAACUUCCUCUAGGACAUUCAGAUUCUAAUAUUGCUGCCACCCAAAAGAACCAAACUUCUCCCGCCCACUUUGUUAAAAUGCACCCCUAAUGAAUUGGCCCUUCGAUUACUUUGUCAUUGUAUUUGUAAAGCUAUUAUGCAGAAAUGAACAAUGCAAAUAAAGAAAGAAAAUGCAAAUAGGCCUUUAGGACUUUCAAGGCAAUGAUAGAUAAAUCAUUCCCUGAAAUAAAUGAAUGGGGAGUUAAUUGUUAACAUGUUGUCACGCCUUGGUCAUAGUGUUUUGUGUUUUCAUUGUGUAUUUUGGUCGGGCCAGGGUGUGACAUGGGUUUACGUGUUGUUUCGCAUUGGGGUUUUAUAGGAUUGGGAUUACUAAUGAUUAGGGGUGUGUCUAGUUAGGUUUGGGCUGCCUGAGGCGGUUCUCGAUCAGAGUCAGGUGAUUCUUGUUGUCUCUGAUGGGGAACCAAAUUUAGGUAGCCUGAGUUUCACUUUGUAUUUCGUGGGUGAUUGUUCCUGUCUCUGUGUUGUUUCACCAGAUAGGCUGUAGUUAGGUUUCACGUUCCGUUUGUUGUUUUCGUAUUUGUAUAGUUAUUUCAUGUAUCGUCAUUUUUCUCAAAAAAUCUUUUUAGGUAAUUUAACUACAUUUAGGCUAAACUUUUUGGACACUACAGACGACUUUGUGAGAAGACUGAUUUUCAGGAUGUUUCAUGGUCUGACACCGUUCUAGCUCUGCCACCUUUCACCACAGAUGCGGAAUUGUUACAUAGGCCGAUGUGGUGGAUUGAGAUGCAUCCAAUGAAAAAAAGAAAUGAAUAUCGCUUGCUUAAAACUAGCAUAUUUUUAUGGGGAUUAUUUCAUUAGGCUAUGCUGAACAAAAAUAUAAACGCAACAUGCAACAAAUUCUAAGAUUUGACAAAGUUUCAGUUCAUAUAAGCAAAUCAGUCAAUUGAAAGAAAUUCCUUAGGUGAAGGUGCAGGUGAAGAAGUUUGAUAUGGAGGUCCUGGGCUGGUGUGAUUACACAGGGUCUGUGGUUGUGAGACCGGUUAGAUGUACUGCCAAAUUCUCUAAAACAACAUUGGAGGCGGCUUAUGGUAGAGAAAUUAACAUUCAAUUCUCUGGCAACGGCUCUGGUGGACAUUCUUGCAGUCAGCAUGCCAAUGGUACGCUCCCUCAAAACUUGAGACAUUAUUUUGUGUGACAAAACUGCACAUUGUAAAGUGGCAUUUUAUUGUCCACAGCACAAGGUGCACCUGUGUAAUGAUCAUGGUGUUUAAUCCGUUUCUUGAUAUGCCACACCUGUCAGGUGGAUGGAUUAUCUUGACAAAGGAGAGCUUCUCACUAACAGGGAUGGAAACAAAUUUGUGCACAACAUUUGAAAUAAAUGAGCUUUUUGUGCAUAUGAAACA